AUGAGGGGAACAGCAUCAAUUACUACUCUCUUACGAUCGACUCGACCUUCUUCUACCCUCCCCAUUCGAAAUGUCAACAUACGUUAUGCGACUACAUCAAUGAGGAUGCCAGCUAUGUCGCCUACAAUGACAGAAGGUGGGAUAGCAAGUUGGAAAUUGAAAGAAGGGGACAGUUUUACUGCCGGUGACGUUUUAUUGGAAGUUGAAACUGAUAAAGCCACUAUCGAUGUCGAAUCUCAAGAAGAUGGAAUCAUAGGAAAGAUCAUAGUCGAAGCUGGAUCAUCUAAAAUUCCCGUAGGACAAGUGAUCGCUAUCUUAGCUGAAGAAGGAGAUGAUUUAAGUUCGAUCAAAGUUCCAGAUGAUUUAUCUCCACCAAAUCACGAAGGAUCAUCUAGCUCAGCAUCUGGCUCAUCCGAUACACCAAAAGAGGAACCCAAGAUAGAAGAGAAGAAAGUUGAAACAAAGGAAGAGAAACCAAAACGACAGGAACAAGAAUCUUCUUCUUCUUCUUCUUCUUCUUCCACAAAUCAAAAACAUGAACAUAAAGAAAUAAAACAUUCAAAACCUCUUUUACCUUCCGUAUCGAGAUUAUUGCAAGAAUCCAACCUUACCUCUGAACAAAUAUCUAAACUCAAAGGAUCAGGUAGACAUGGAAUGUUAACUAAAGGAGAUGUCCUAGUGGCUUUAGGAAAAAUAAAGACCGCAUUUGGAUCUGCAGAAAAAUUGAAUUUGGAUGUCAUGGGACCAAGUGGAAAGAGGGCCAGUGAGAACAAAGCCACUCAGCCUACAGACGGUGCUGCUCCAGCAAAGAAAGAAACACCACUUGAUGGACCUGCAUUAAGACGAUUGAUCCUUGCUGGUUUAUCAAAAGCUACCGAACCUUCCAAACCCAUCAUUCAGCAUACUCAAACAUCAUUACCCCUCUCAUCAGACGCAGAAUUUGAUUCAAUCCUCUCACCUUACUCAUCCCUGCUUUCAGCUCCCAAACCCCGUGUAGACAUCCCUUCACAAGCUGAACUGAAAGAUAUCGAGAGUACAGGAUCAGCAGUAGCACCCAAGAAAGAUGAAUGGGCAGGUCUGUUUUAG